AUGCUUUUGAGGACUGGUGCCAAUGUUGAAGCUACGAAAAAACGCGGACAGACUGCAUUGAUAGUAGCAUGUUCCUGUGGCUUUGACAAAGUUGCUACCAUCUUGAUCAAAAACGGUGCCAAUAUAGAAGCUGCGGAUUCUCAUGGACAUACAGCAUUAGGGGGAGCAUGUGGGUAUGGCUUUGACGAAAUUGCUACCAUCUUAAUCAAAAACAGUGCCAACGUUGAAGCAACUGAUUGGUAUUGACAGACUUCGUUAAUGAAAGCAGCAAACGAAGGUCACAAUAAGGCUCUCAAGGUCUUGUUAGAGCAUGGGGCAGAUGUUGAUACAAGAGAUGGCGGAGGCAAUACGGCGCUCCAUGAUGCAUCACACGGUGACCACUUUGAAGCUCUCAGGUUCUUGUUAGAGCAUGGGGCAGAGUUCGACGUAAGGGAUGAAGAUGGCAAUACGGCGCUCGUCUUUGCAGCAUCAUGCCUCAAUGUGGAAGGUGCAGAAAUACUGAUAGCGGCGGGAGCAGACCGAAAAGCGGUAGAUCUAUCAGAUCUAUCAGAGUUCGGAAAGAAAGUUGAUUCGACUCGGGAGGACCGAGAGAAAAGACAAAUCAUAGUUGAGAUAUUACAAGGCAUUACCAACACCGCAGCACCAGAGUAA